CCGAGUGUAAUACCAGGAGUUUCACACCGUGGACUGGUUUAACUUGUCGCGGGGUUUCCCGGCACAACAAUGGUUUUAAGUCGCAGAAAAUAGGACGAAGUUGGAUAAAACAGGAGGAGAUACAGAGAAACGGGAACACGGAGGCGUCGGUGUAGAAAAGGGAUGGGCGAGCGCGCGGACACCACGUUUAAUACCACUGGAUCCAGGUGGCUGCUGCCUGUCAGUGAAUACCUGGGAUUUCCUCUUGAUCAGGUGAACUUUCUGGCUUGCCAGCUGUUUGCCCUGAUUGCUGCCUUUUGGUUUCGUCUCUACCUCAGUCCUCGCCAUGCCAAUCCCCUGGUCCGACACGCUGUUGCCACUCUCUUCGGCAUUUCCUUUCUCAUCUUCUGCUUUGGAUGGUACUCAGCUCACAUCCUGACAGUGGUGGUUUCAAGCUACUUGAUCAUCAUCCAAGCUGACAUCAACAAUGUACACAGGUAUACUAUGGUGACAGCAAUGGGCUACUUGACAGCGUGCCAAGUAAGCCGAGUCUUCAUCUUCAACUAUGGGAUCCUGUCCACUGAUUUCUCUGGGCCUCUGAUGAUAGUAACCCAGAAGAUCACCACAUUGGCUUUCCAGCUCCAUGAUGGCAUGUGUAAGAAACCUGAAAAUCUGACCCCUGAGCAGAGGCAGCUCUCUAUUAGUGUAAGACCUUCUUUCAUCGAGUACCUGAGUUACAAUCUGAACUUCUUAAGUAUCUUGGUGGGACCCUGCAAUGAUUACAAUGACUACACAGACUUCAUAGAAGGCAGACACAUCAGCAGGAGGCUCAGGCAGCACUCUGGGACAUGUAAUGGGCAGAAUGGCUAUGAUAAAAUACCAGAUCCUUCACCUCUGAGGACCGUCUGUCAGAAACUUCUGGUCUGCUCCGGCUGUAUGCUCUUCUUCCUCACUGUGACUCGGGCUUUGCCGAUUACUUACAACGUAGACCCCUACUUUGUAAGCCACGCCUCCUUCCUCACCAGACUCACCUAUGCUUUCUUCUCCAUACAAGCAGCACGACCCAAAUUCUACUUUGCCUGGACUCUAGCUGAUGCGGUGAACAACGCUGCAGGUUAUGGUUUCUUGGGAAUGGGUGAAAAUGGAAAGCCAUCUUGGGAGCUCAUAUGCAACCUAAACAUCCUGGGAAUUGAGACUGCAACCAGCUUCAAAACAUUCAUAGACAACUGGAAUAUCCGAACAGGAAUUUGGCUGAAAACGGUGUGUUAUGACAGAGCCCCUAAGCACAGACUGGCAUUAACCUUUAUUCUUUCUGCUCUGUGGCACGGUGUUUAUCCGGGGUACUACUUCACCUUCAUCACUGCCAUCCCCAUCACCAUGGCAGCACGGGCUGUGCGGAAGUCCAUUCGCCACCACUUCCUGGGCUCUAGAGGACUGAAGCUGGGUUAUGACAUCCUCACUUGGGCGGCCACCCAGCUGGCCAUCUGCUACACUGUCAUGCCUUUUCUGCUUCUAGCAGUGGAGCCCACUUUGGUCUAUUACAAGUCCAUGUAUUUCCACGUGCACAUCAUCAGCAUUCUGGCUGUGAUCGCCCUGCAUCGGAAACACAAACCCAGGGAACCCUCUACCACCACUAAAACACUCUCCUCCGCCUCCUCCUCCCUCUCGCCUUCGUGCUCAGCCGAGUGCCAACCUGUUCACUCCAACAACAAUGACAAAGUAGACUGAUCAUCUCCUUUUCACGUUUUUGUUCCCAGCCUCUCAGACCAUGACAAGUGGAGACAAAUGAAGAUGCUUAAAGGGCAUUUGGCCAACUGAAAACAGGAAAAUAUUAUGUUAUUUAUUUUUGAGGACAAUUUUGAAUGUGGAGUUCAGACAAAAACCUCACUACAGGAAUAGAGGAUGUUAACUUUUGAUACUAUCCACUACAAUAAAGACUUUACAUCAAUUUUAAGAUCAACAGGAAGAUUGGAAAAAGAGAUAAAAUGAACAUCUUUGGAACCACCAUGAAAACACUGGCCUUUCCUCUCUCCAUCUGCCCCCCCCCUUCCUCCACCCACUUCAUCCAUCCCACCACCAGCCUGCCUUCUCCAACAACAAUACAACAGUGUGAAGAGAGAGAAAAAAGGAGGCUUACUUUCUUUUCUUGUCCCUUUUCUGCGCUGUCCCACCGACUGGCCGGGUCUAAUCCUGCACAGCGGGGGAGCUCAUGAGCAACAACACAAAUACGAGGACACACACAAACUCAUGCAUGAAGAGACAGUGGGAAACAAAUAUGCACACAAAUAUGCACAUACUCACUCUCUCUUAGACACGCUCUUACUCGGUCACACUACGAUGGAAUACAAAGGCUGCUCUUGUGUGGCCACAACAAAAGAGCAUGCCAGGAGGAGAGGGGGAGAAUCCUAGUUUAUAUGACGUGUUUGUGAUCAUUUAUCCUUUCCUACAACCCACCAAUCCCUGUCACUUACCCUCUGUUCAUGUGUUUGUCAUGUAAGGUAAGGACUAUGUUGACCUGAAAUAUCAAUUAGCCCAUGCAGCUCUCAAACUUUGCAGUGAAACCGUCACUAAUGAAGUCUUUUUAAUGCAGAAUAGCAUCUCCUCCUGGUGAGGAGUCUUUACUGUUCUGUGGAGAGAGUUUACACCUCAUUUAAGUAUCUAUAGAUAAUCCUAAAUGUUAGCUACACUACUGUAAUCAUAAAGGAAAGGCUAACAAAUAUGAAAAGAAUUAAGUGUGCAGUAUUACAACAAGAUCCUGCCUUUGUUGUUAUUCAUAGCACAACUGUAUGAAGUAAUGAAUGAGUUUUGGAGGCUAAGACUUGAUUUUUGAUAAUUUAACAAGCCAGUCCACCUCAAUAGAAAUAUUUUUUUCUUUAGAAUCAUUAACAAAUGUAACAAUUAUUUAAUUUUAAUGUAUUAAUACUUAUAUAAAUGGUGCUGGAUACCUGUUAUCACUAUGUAGAGUAACUGAACAAAACCUGCGAUGAAACUGAAAGGAAAUACAUCUGGAGCUCUCUCUUGUAGCAAACCGCUGCAUGCUCAAAUAGUGGGAAAUGUAACAAAAAAUAAAUGUACCCUCUAAUGUAUUUCCCCUCAUUAGGAGCAUGGUACUUUGUUUUUUGUGUUGGAAGAUAAAACCCAUGAAAACUGUUGAUUAACAAGCUUUGCAGUAGCUGCAGGUUGAUGUAACAGAGACAUCUGCUGGUUGUAUGAAUUUACUUUAAUAGAUAGGCUUUUAGGGACUGACUGAACCUGCAAUGCUGCAACAUCUCCCUCUGCAACAUCGCACCAACCACAGACACAAAGUAUAUUUUUACACUCUUAUCACAUUUUUACAACUUCUCUUCAAUAGCUUUCACUUUUGCACAAUCAAGGUUGAAGAGUUAGAGCAGUGUUUCCUAACAUUUUUUUCUCUGGAGCCCCCCUGCUUGUAUCUAAGAAAAGACAAGACCCCUCCAAGACUCACACGAGUUCAAAAGUGAUAGAGUGCUGUCAAAAAAAAAGAAAAAUAGAUAAAAUCUCUUAAUUUUGACUUCUGCUGUAACUGUGCUCCAGUUUACACACAGGUGUUCACAUAAUGCUAAUUAUUUCAAUAUUUAACCACACAUCUCACAGCUAAUGAAGCAUCAGUAAUAAACACUCUGGGGAUCUGUAGACUCAUUUAUUUGCAAGAGGCAAUUCAACCUGCAAUUUUAAACUCUUGCACUGAUUGUAAUAUUUGUCAGUGGCAGAGUGCUUCUGCCUGAUGCUGAUGUGUUUGGUGCAGGGGAGUGAGUGACACAUUAAAAGUGUGUAUUGUCACGAUUAGCAGCUAAUUGAAAAACGUGAUUAUUUUUUAUUUUUGUGGAAUUUUUUUGUCAAACUUACCAACUGUGAGUGUGCCUGUGUUUGUGUUAUAUUCCAUUUUAGUAUUGUUUGAUUGGAGGAAUGAGAGGAUGCAACAAUUCGGUAACAAAUAAAGCUUCUGUG